AUGCUUAAAUCUAGUAUGAAUGCUGAUAUUUCUUCUUAUAAAUGGGAAAAUAUUAUAUUAAAAUUUGACUUUGAUAGCCUAUUAGAAGGCGCAAAUGACCCAUUAUUGUUCAAAGAAGAAGGUCAAUACAUUACCUGGAGUCAAGGAACAUUUAAAUGCUAUCAAGGAGAUUUAUUAACAGAAUCCAAGCGAAAGGCAUUAAUUGGAACAUUCAACUUCGUGAAGCUAUGGGUAGAAAAUACAUUUAAAGUUCGAAGAAUUUAUAAUUCACCCUAUAGUUUGUCACAAUGUUCAGAUAAUCAAGGAAAAAUCAAAGACACACAAGCUGUUGAUACUGAUUUAUAUAUUAGUAUAUUUGUACGUCCAUAUGGUGCCUCUUCAACUGCUGCAGUAUCAACAAUUAAACAACUUGAAUCUCCAUCGUAUAAACCGAACCAAGGAGGAAUAUUCUUUAACGCAUUUGAAAUACCCGAUGAGCCUGUUAACAUAACGACAUGGAAAAACGGAUUUUUCUACCUUUGUCUGCAUGAAGUUGUUCAUUUACUUGGAUUUUCAUAUUCGAGGUUCGAAGAUUAUCAUCCGAUAAAUGACUUUACAAAAUUCAAUGAAACCACUUGUUCUUUUACAAAAUUAGGGAAAAAUUUUACAUUUUUAAUUACUCCUUACGCCCAUAAGUUUGCAGUCAAGAGAUUCAACCAAGAGACAUUUGUUGGUGAUAAUGGUGCAACUUGUCCUUCAGGAAUCGAGCUAGAAAACGAUGGAACAGGAAUUUCAAAAUUUAAUCACCUCGAAACAAGAGUUUACAUGACAGAUAUCAUGAUGUCGCAACAGAUAGUAGGUAAUAAUAGAUUUAUGCACUUCACUGAUGCAACAGCUGCUGUUUUACUCGAUACAGGAAAUUAUAAAAUUGAUUUCAAACAGAUACAACCACUUUUAUGGGGUAAUAGAGAUACUAUAUCAGAAAACAAGUACAUUGACGACUUCGCAACUGGUCCUCCCCAGUUAAAAUUCCCUGAUUUGUAUCUUCUCAAAGGAAAUUCAAAUGAUCAAUGCGGUUUUGACUACAAAUUCUAUGGUUUGGCCUCAGAAACAACCGCCCCUGACUGCAGAUAUCCAUUUGACCCUGUAACGAAAAAAUAUUGCGAUGGAAUCCAAUUUUACAACCCGUUGAACGAGAAAAUGGUUGUAGAUAACACAUUCAAUGAUUUCCAGCGGUUUAAACUUCCAAUUGAAGUUUGUCCGGAAGGUUAUGCGACUUUACCUUUAAUUGGACGUUGUUUGAAGACGGAUAUCGUAGAUGAAGAGACACUGAACUUUUCUACUGAAUUAUUUAGUUUCCAAUGCAAACUGGACGCAAAUACAGACAAAAUUAAUUAUAUUUACACUUAUAAGUACAAAUGUCCUAAUUUCGAACGUUUCUUGAGGACAUUGAUAUUAUAUGACUGUUUCUUUAAGUCUGAUCCAUUUGCAUCGCCACAACCAAGCUAUUUCAUUAAAAGUUCAACAAAUUCUUCAACUGUUGACUUUACUCCUUAUCCAACUUUGUCUAAUGUUGAAAGAAACAUAUAUCCGAUAUUUAUUGUGAUUUGUGUUGUUUUGAGUCUUUUAAUUGUUUCAUUUAUUGUUGUUGUAGUUGUUGUAGCCACGAAAUGCUACAAAAAGCACAAACUGAGAUCAUCAGGUGAUAUAUCUGAUUUUACUGAUUGA